AUGAGCCCUGGGAUUCAUCAGAAUUAUUCCGCCAAGGUGGAGGCCGCCGUCAACCACCUGUUCAACACAUAUCUGUGGGCUUCCCACACCUACCUCUCCCUGGGCGUCUGUUUCGACAGCAACGAUGUGGCUCUGGAGGGUCUGGGCCACUUCUUCCUCGAGUUGGCAGAGGACAAGCGCAGGGGCACUGAGCAUCUGUUGAAGAUGCCAAACCAGCUCAGAGGCUGUGCCCUCUUCCAGGAUAUGCAGAAGCUGUUCCAAAGAUGAGUGGGGUAAAACCCAGACGUCAUGGAAGCCACCAUGGUCGUGGAGAAGAACCUGAACCCGGUCCUUUUGGAUCUGCAUGCCCUGGGUUCUGCCACGCAGACUCCCAGCUCUGACUUCCUGGAGAGCUGCAACCUAGAUGAGCCGGUGAAACUCAUCAAGAAGAUGGGCGGCCACCUGACUGACCUCCGCCCCAGUUGGGGGCUGGGCGAGGAGCUCUUCAAAAGGCUCACCCUUAAGCACAACGAACUUGGAGCUUCCGGAGCCCAGCAGCCUUUGAGGAGCCCCUCUGCAUCACCCUGGUGUCAGGGCUUCUGCCUGAGCCUCUCUCUGCAGCCACUGGGCAGCUUUUUAACCCAAGCCCUGGACCAAAUGGAAACAAUUAGAAAAAAAAGUCUACGACCUAAGUCCCUUCGCUUUAGCAUUCUUCAAAAUGCCUGUGGCUGA